CAUACCACGAGCAUCCUGCAGCCAGUCGGAAGACGAUGAAGCGAUAGGGAACGGCGGAAUCAGUGGCCUACGAGUAUUUGAGCCACUUUUCUAGCUGUAGAAAAAAUGUGUAUUGUGGCCGUGCUCUGGAUCUUGGCUUCAAUAUUUUGUUGUAAAUGGCUCCAUGUAAGCCCACCUCGGUGUUGGUCCAGAUCACAUCCGGAUUUCUCUCAUCGCUUGGCUUGUCUUCUCCUGUCCUAGCUUGCCACUUCUUCCCCUUCUUUCUCUUCUUCUUUUCUUCUUCCUUUCUUCUUCCUUUCUUCUUCCUUUUUUUUUUUUUCAUUCGAAAAUUUCUCUCCGUCCACUUCAAUAGUUCAAUCUUGGCAUCUACAAACACAGCUUCGCAGCUUCAGUUUCUCACCGGUUGGGUCCGCCCGCCCUUUGCCGCAGCCACGAAAUGCUGUUCGGAGGGGCUUGAGCAAAUUUCUUGUACGAGUAAUCGUGGCGCUCCGAGCACCCGUAAACAUUGAAGCUUCCAUCGUCAUUCCAGGCACAGCCCUGGGACAAAAUGAUCCCCAGCAAUGGCGCGAGAGUUCAAGAGUUCAGUCUAAGCCAAGCUCGGAGAAGCUAGAAAGCUCCUCUCUCGGAGCAUUUCGCGCCACAAUGU